AGAAUAGGCCUCUAAAUCCGCGGCUUAUGCAUGCUACCGCCUUAUUCUGUAUCUCAAUUCUAUAUGUACUACCAUCUCUGUAAGCUGUCAGUAACACACCACAUUCUCAUUAUAGCAGAUCUUAUGGGUCUGUAAGCAGUCUGUAAUCUGUAGUCUACCAUCGUGAAUUCUAUUCUCUCCCCUUCUCUUUCUCGCCAAACCGGCCGUACCGCGCGAGGAGAGCUGCACCACAUCGGGUGUUUUGCCCGAGGCUCUACACACUCGCUCUGCAUACCCCAAUUUCACCAACUUAACACUAACCCGUCUUGUGACUUUUGGUCUUCUCACUCCUCGUUACACUUGUUGUUGUUGGAUGGAGAUAACCCGUGCUUAUCUUCCGUGCUUACAUCUUUUUAGUUCAGGGUGUCUUUGACUAGUAUAGCAUCAAGUUGUAACAAUACGACCGCAAAAUGACUAAGUCGGAAAGCGAACUCGACCCACUAUGGCAGAAUCUCGAUUGGGCUAUUGGUCAAAUGUUGAUCAUGGGAUGGGAUGGCACAGAAGUAACGCCUCAAAUCAGAAAUCUCAUUGAGAACCACCAUUUAGGUUCAAUCAUUUUGACAGCUAAGAAUCUUAAAUCUGCUGAGCAGACUGCUUCUCUGGUCCAAGAACUUCAGACGAUAGCACACCAAGCAGGACACCCUCAACCUUUAUUAAUUGCUGUUGACCAAGAAAAUGGGGGCGUCAAUAGUCUAUUUGAUGAAGACUAUAUCUGUCAAUUCCCCAGCGCGAUGGGCGUCGCUGCUACGGGGAGCAUAGAGCUAGCCUACAGCGUAGCAAGAGCUACAGCAACCGAAGUUUCUGCUGUUGGAGUCAAUCUUAUUCUCGGUCCUGUUUUAGAUGUCUUGACCAAUGCUCGACACCAACCCCUCGGCGUUCGAGCUACCGGGGAUGAUCCUCAAGAGGCAUCUCAGUUUUGUAUUGCUGCCAUCAACGGGUUUAAGGAUGCUGGCGUAGCUACCUGCGGAAAGCAUUUCCCGUCCUACGGGAAUAUUGAUUUCCUCGGUUCUAGCUUAGACAUGCCUAUCAUCACUCAAACUCUGGAAGAACUUAACCUCAGUGCUCUUAUACCGUUCCGGAAUGCCAUAAGUGCUGGACGUUUGGACGCCAUGUUUGUCGGUGGAUGCGGGAUCCAGAGUGCUGGAAUGAAUGUCAUGCAUGCUUGCCUAUCAGACCAGGUUGUGGACGACCUCUUGAGAAACGAACUAGGGUUCAAAGGCGUCGCUAUCUCGGAAUGCCUCGAGAUGCAGUCGCUUAUACAAGAGUACGGCGUAAAAGGGGGUACUGUAAUGGCCGUUGAGGCAGGCAAUGAUCUAGUGCUUCUAUGUAGAGCACACGACGUACAACUAGAGGCCAUUUCGGGGCUAAAGUUAGGCGUUGAGAACGGUAUUAUAUCGAAAGACCGGAUCUAUACUUCCCUAAAGCGAGUGUUGCGGAUGAAGAGCGUAUGCACGUCUUGGCAGAAGGCACUGAAUCCUCCCGGAUUAUCGUUACUAUCUAAGAUACAUCCUACACAUCUUGCACUCUCUCGGAAGGCCUACGACCAAUCAAUUGCAGUCGUCCGGGACAAGGACAAUCUACUUCCCCUUUCGCAGAGCUUACUCCAGGAGGAAGAACUCCUACUACUGACGCCACUAGUCAAGCCUCUGCCAGCUUCGGCAGCUACUAAAAACAUGUUGGAAAAGGGUAACAAAGCUCCCUCCCUGCACGAGAAAUGGAUUCACCAGGAGCGUGGAGCAAUCAUGAGUGGAGAAGGUGUCUUUCGAGAAUUGGGUAGAUCAAUAGCUCGUAUACGCAAUGGCAAACUUCUUCACACAUCAUAUACGGCAAAUGGACUCAGACCAGUGCACGAGAAUCUGAUUAAUAGAGCAUCGGCGAUAAUUAUCGUUACAGCUGAUGCUAACCGGAAUAUGUACCAAACUGGAUUCACAAAGCAUGUAGCAAUGAUGUGCCAUAUGCUUCGUGGGACCGGCCAAAAGAAGUCGCUCAUAGUGGUUGCGGUCAGUUCUCCAUAUGAUUUCGCAAUGGACAAAUCCAUCGGGACGUACGUCUGCACCUUUGAUUUUACAGAAACGGCCAUGGCUUCUCUCGUUCGUGCCUUGUACGGAGAGAUAACCCCUCAGGGGUCGAUGCCAGGAACUAUGAGGAAGAGUAAGAAGGUCUCCAAGACAAGACAGCAGUGGCUUGUUGAGAACUACGACCGCGAGCGAGAUGCUGCUGCCCUGGAGGAGCUGCUAAGAACUCUGGCUCGCUCUAGUACACCGAGUCUUCCGUAUCUCACGGCAGGAGCUCAUUCGUUCGAGUUGUUUAAUACGCAUAUUGAGGAGGCACACUUUGUCGUGCGGAACAGCAGCACAAAAACAUUGUACGGUUUCGUGGCCACGUAUUACACGAAGGGUGUUGGUGCCAUUGGCGCUCUUUUUGUCGAUCCGGCGAAACGAAAUGUAUCGAUUGGCAGGUCACUACACCGUCGUGCGUUGCGAGCGUUACUUCAGAAGCCAGGCGUCAAGACACUCCAACUUGGGCUUACAUUCCCGGGAGUGUUUCCAGGAGUACCUGUCGAUGAAAGCGGGAGUAACAAGAGCUGGUUUAACAACGUCGGUUGGGAUACACAGUUCCCGAAACGACUGACGAACAUGGCCAUCGAAGAUCUCGGAGCUUGGACAGCACCAGAAGGCCUUCUACAAAGCAUCCAGCGAGCAAGUCUUAGCUUUGACUUAAUCCACGGACUCGAUAACGCCGAGUCGGUGUUAAACCAUGUAGCGACACACGCAGGACCCGAGGUCGUGGAGCUUUAUCGAUUUGCACUACACGAAACGAAUACAAGCGGAGUAGUCCGAGCCAAGAACUCGAUGGAUAACCUGUUAGGAACAGUCAUCAUCUGCACAGCAGGAAGUCGCCUGUCGACAUAUAUCCCUCCACUUCACUCGACUAGCGGCGAAGAUAUUGGUGGCAUUCUCGCUCCAAUAGUGCCUUCUACAGCCCAGUCACGGUUAAUCCUACAAGGGCUGGUAUUCAUGGGCGUAAGACAGAAUAAGGCGCACAAGUCUGCAAAGAGUAUCCUCAGUUGGGUUCUUGACGAAGCAUACGAGCCACUUGCGGCCAUGGGCUUUGACGUCCAACAGACGUUCGACGAGAUUACAAAUUCGCCAGAAAACGUGAGUAUCUAUCCCGCCUGAGUCUUGAGUCUUAAACCAUGCUUGCUAAUCUGGUGGAUUUUAUGCAGUGGUCUGACCUAGGUUGAACUAAUACUCUUUCAGAAGUGGUAUAUGAGGCUACUAACACUUGUGGUACCCCUUUCCACCUAGCGAAGCAGAAGUAGGUGGGGAUCCGGUGUGAAAUGCGCUCUGUUCUAAUAAGAGCUUGCGAAACAUGCCUCUCUCCUGUGAUUUUAUAUUCAAGGCGAGCAAGCCGGAGUUUAGGGGCCUAGGGAGUACCUUCUUAUCCAAUCACGAAUUGUUUCCUGAAGCUUUUUUGAAUCCUAAAACACAUUUGAUCGAUUGAAUUUAAGCCCCCGUCCCCGUUGCGGCCGUCUCUGUUUAAAAAUAGAACCGCGGCGUAACUACCUUGUACAGGCACCGCCCUCCGGAUUUCCCCCCCAAUUGAGCUUUGAUCUUCACGACGAAUAGACGAAUAGACGAGAAAUGAUAACAAGACUGAUAACAAAUUCUUUGCACUACAACGCGAUCUAGCUCCAAUAUGUAAGAACGGACGUACAUGCAAGAAAAAGCACCGAGGGUUUGGGUUGGAGGCAAGUAAUUAAUGACAGAUGAUUAGGUAGAUAAAGUCUUUCGGCAAUGUGAUGAUAUAUCUCCCCAGAAGCCAGGG